AUGGCUACGGAAAGGAAGAUUUUACUUCUUGGUUCUGGUUUUGUUGCUCGCCCAACAGUCGAAUAUAUUUUACGUCGUCCAGAAAAUCUUUUAACUAUUGCUUGCCGGCGCAUAUCUCAUGCUGAAACUCUUUCUCGAUCAUUUCCCCGGGCGACACCAAUUGCACUUGAUGUUGCCAAUGAAACAGCUCUCGAUGCUGUAGUUUCAGAGCAUGAUUUAAUCAUCAG